AUGGAACAGGUCCAUCUAGAAAGGAGUACUACUGUGGAAGUUCCCACUACCAAAUCAAAGGGAAACAGGACUUCUGCCAAGAAGCCCUCCAAGCCAGUACCUGCUGAACCUGUCCUUGCCAAGAGAACAAGGUCAGCUGCAAAAGGAAAACAAGUGAAAAUUGCUGAAGAAGAUGAUGAAUGGAGUGAGGAUGAAGGAGAUGAGUCAGAGAAGGAACAUGACAGAUAUGCCAUGUUUGGCAAGAGGAAAAUUCUAAAAGGGAGACUACUCAAGGACCUGGAGGAGCCAGGUAUGAUAAGGCUUCUGACUGCACUAGAAGCACAGGGCUGGAAGGACAUGGUUCUUCAUAUGGAUGGAAAAUUGGCCAGGAAUGAACUUGUAGAGUUUAUGGCAAAUGGGACAGUGAAGAAUGGGCUGGUGACUAGCACAGUGAAAGGUGUCAAAGUAAAGUUCAAUGCUGCAAAGCUGGGCAAGAUUCUAGACAUCCCUAGUGAGGGAUAUGAUGAUUAUACAAGGCAGAGGUGGCCUUGCCUGGAUGGGUUGCCUACUGAUCUUCAGAUCACAAGGAACUUUUGUGACACCACAACAGAUGAAGAGGUACCUGAGGCCAGGGCAGUUCAGAAAAGUGAAAUGAGGCCAGACCACAAAGUGCUUUUUGAAUUUGUCAACAAAUGCCUUCUACCCAGACAGGAAAGAAGGCAUACAACAAAUUAUAUGGAUCUGGUUCUUAUGCAAUGCCUGAAUGAAGGGAAGCAGAUCAACUGGCCUGCCUUUAUUGUAAAGCUGCUUGAAAGGGUACUCAAUGGCUCAAAAGCUCAUGCCAUUCCCUAUGGAUUUAUCUUGACAACUGUACUUGAAAGAUUGAAUGUUCCCCUGAAAAAGUGGGAAAUGGCUUCGAGCAAAGAGCAUUUUGGCAGCAAAACCCUUCAAGCUUGUGAUUAUAUGCUCAGUACAGCUCCAGUUGAACCUGGUUCUUCAGUAAAAACUCCUGUGAAUAGUAAGGUCAGAGCCUUAAUUCAGGAGGUUGGGGCAAAAGACACUGAGAUAGCAAGGCUUCAGGCCAGAGUUGCUGAAUUGGAGGGAGAAAGGAAUGGGUUGAGAGCUGAACUUGCUAAGGAGAAGGAGAAAAAUGAGAGCAUGCUUCAACAGAUGCUCAAUCUGCUACAAACCCAACCCUCCAGCUCUUCUAAGCCUUAG